CCUCAAAAACGGAUAAGAUAAGCCAAUAAACGCCCCCUCCCACUCUCUUUCCUCCCCUCGACCUCACCACCAGCAUCUACCAAUGGAAGUCGCACUCCUCAGCUUCCCCUCCUCCAAAACCCCUUCUUCCCAUUCUCUCAACCUUACCAGAACCCAAACCCAGACCCACCGUUUCCUUUCAAACCCGCCAGUCGUCUGCCCCAAACCCAAACCCAAACCCAAUCUCUCGAUCCGCUCUGCCAUUUCCCGCACCAAGAAAGAAGAAACCGUCGAGACCGUCAAAACCCAGCUCGACAAUUGUCACCUCGUCGCCGCUAUAAAGUACAAGGGCCUCACUGUCAAACAGUUCCAGGAGCUCCGGAGAUCCUUACCGGAGUCCACUAAACUGGUCGUUGCCAAAAACACCCUUGUUUACAAGGCCAUUGAGGGCACCCCCUGGGAGGCCCUCAAGCCUUGCAUGAAGGGCAUGAACGCCUGGCUCUUCGUCCACAGCGAGGAGAUCCCCGCCGCCAUCAAGCCGUACAGGAGCUUCCAGAAGGAGAAGAAGCUCGAGGACAACGACUUCACCGGCGCCGUUUUCGAGGGCAAGUUUUAUGGGCCCGGUGACUUUAAGGCGCUCGAGAAUAUGCCAACGAGAGCUGAGAUUUAUGCCCAGCUUCUUGGGUCUUUGAAGGGUCCCGCAUCGAGCGUGGUCGGCACGAUACAGGCGCCGGCAAGGGAGUUGGUGAUGGUUUUGAAAGCCUAUGUCAAGAAGUUGGAAGAGGAAAGUGGUGGGAAAUAGGGGCCGAGGAUAAGCUAUCAUUUGAGAUUGAACUAUUCUUGUAAUUGUAAGUGUAAUUGGAACCAACCCCUUUUUUGUUCAUUUACUUCUUGUGGCAA